ACAUCGAUAGUAUCAUUAGCACCUCUAUCUGGCAAUAAUAAUUGUAUAAUUUCUUGUUUUCGUUUUUAAUGAAUUAAAUUCCUGCCUAAAGAGGAAAAAAUCACACUCUGCAAUGGCUCUACGGUUAAUGAGGACCUUCACCUUGGGCCCAGCCACUCUGAACGCCGUCGGGCGGCAGCAGCACCAGCAGCAGCUGAUCCACACGACGCCGGCGUGCUGCGAGAUUAGGAAACUGGCCCGCCUCCGUGUGGUGGACAACAGCGAUCUGGGCAAGCGGGCCAUGGCCGAGGGCCGGCCGCCCCGCUGCAUUCAUGUGUACAACAAGCGCGGCGUGGGUCUGAUCGGCGACAAGGUCCUGGUGGCUAUCAAGGGCCAGAUGAAAAAGGGCAUCCUCGUGGGCCUCAAGCAGAACCAGCGGCCCAAGCAGCCCAAGUUUGACAGCAACAACCUGGUGCUGAUCGACGACAAUGGCAGUCCGCUGGGCACACGCAUCCAUGUACCCAUACCCACUGUCCUGCGGACGAUUCUCAAGGAGAAGACGCUGGCCAAGGGAGCGGACUACACCAAGGUCCUGGCCAUAGCCAGCAGAUAUGUUUAGAUGGAGUCCCACUGAGGCCUAUAGCCUUUUUUUGUUUGUUAAACUUGUAAAGAUAUGAAAAAUCUAUAAAAUAUAUAAAUUAUAUACAAAACUAAA